UUACUUCUUCUUCUUCUGUUUCUCCUCCACAUUUCUCAUUCCUUCACCGCCGGCCGACCAGUCUCUGAGUUCCGUGCCCUUAUCUCACUUAAAUCCUCUCUCACCGGUGCCGGAGAUGACUCAAACUCGCCUCUCGCCUCCUGGAAACCCUCAACUAGCUUCUGCACAUGGACUGGUGUCACGUGCGAUGUCUCUCGCCGGCACGUGACCUCUCUUGACCUCUCCGGCCUCAACCUCUCCGGUACUCUCUCUCCAGACGUGUCUCAUUUACGUCUUCUUCAAAAUCUGUCGCUAGCUGAAAAUCAGAUCUCCGGUCCAAUCCCGCCGGAGAUCUCGAAUCUCUCCGGGCUUCGUCACCUGAAUCUCUCAAACAAUAUCUUCAACGGUUCGUUUCCCGAUGAGAUGUCAUCUGGACUAGUGAAUCUCCGAGUUCUCGAUGUCUACAACAACAACUUAACCGGGGAUUUGCCGCUUUCCGUCACCAAUCUGACUCAGCUCCGUCACCUCCACCUCGGCGGGAACUAUUUCGCCGGUCGAAUCCCGUCAUCUUACGGAAGCUGGCCGGUUAUCGAGUACUUGGCGGUUUCCGGCAACGAGCUCGUAGGCAAAAUCCCUCCAGAGAUCGGAAACCUAACGACUCUCCGGGAACUCUAUAUCGGCUACUACAACGCCUUUGAUGACGGUCUUCCUCCGGAGAUCGGAAAUCUAUCGGCGCUCGUCCGUUUCGACGCCGCUAAUUGCGGGUUGACCGGAGCAAUUCCGCCGGAGAUCGGGAAGCUUCAGAAUCUCGACACGCUUUUCCUGCAAGUGAAUGUGUUCUCCGGGCCGUUAACUUGGGAGCUGGGAACGCUUUCGAGCUUGAAAUCAAUGGAUUUGUCUAACAACAUGUUCACCGGAGAGAUUCCGGCGAGUUUCGCAGACCUGAAGAACCUAACGCUCUUGAACCUCUUCAGAAACAAACUCCACGGCCAGAUACCGGAGUUCAUCGGAGAAUUACCGGAGCUGGAAGUGUUGCAGCUUUGGGAAAACAAUUUCACCGGAAGCAUCCCGCAGAAACUGGGGGAAAACGGUAAACUUAAUCUCGUCGAUCUCUCCUCCAACAAACUCACCGGAGCUUUACCGCCGAACAUGUGCUCCGGUAACAAUUUAGAAACUCUAAUCACUCUCGGAAACUUCCUCUUUGGUUCAAUCCCUGAUUCUCUGGGCAGAUGCGAGUCUCUGACCCGGAUCCGAAUGGGCGAGAAUUUCCUAAACGGGUCAAUCCCCAAAGGGCUAUUCGGAUUACCCAAAUUAACUCAAGUGGAGCUCCAAGAUAACUACCUCACCGGCGAAUUACCGGUGGCAGGAGGUGUCUCCGUCAAUCUAGGCCAGAUCAGUUUAUCAAACAACCAGCUUUCAGGUCCUUUACCUCCGGCGAUCGGAAACUUCACCGGCGUUCAGAAACUUCUCCUCGACGGAAACAAAUUCGAAGGACCGAUUCCUUCAGAGGUAGGGAAGCUCCAGCAACUCUCGAAGAUUGAUUUCAGCCACAACUUGUUCUCCGGUCGAAUCGCGCCGGAGAUCAGCCACUGCAAGCUACUGACGUUCGUCGAUCUGAGCCGAAACGAGCUCUCUGGUGAAAUCCCAAACGAGAUCACCGGUAUGAGGAUUCUCAACUACUUGAACCUGUCGAGAAACCACCUGGUGGGAUCAAUCCCUGGUUCCAUCUCGUCAAUGCAGAGCUUAACAUCACUCGAUUUCUCUUACAACAAUCUCUCCGGUUUAGUUCCUGGAACCGGACAGUUCAGUUACUUCAACUACACAUCCUUCUUGGGGAAUUCUGAUCUCUGUGGUCCUUAUCUCGGUCCUUGCAAAGACGGUGUUGCUAAAGGAAGUCACCAGAGCCAUGGUAAAGGAGCUUUAUCUGCUUCUAUGAAGCUGUUGCUCGUUCUUGGACUCCUCCUUUGUUCGAUCGCCUUCGCGGUUGCAGCCAUUAUCAAAGCUAGAUCCUUGAAGAAGGCGAGUGAGUCACGCGCUUGGAGAUUAACAGCUUUCCAGAGACUAGACUUCACUUGUGACGAUGUCUUGGACUCUCUCAAAGAAGACAACAUUAUAGGCAAAGGAGGAGCUGGAAUCGUCUAUAAAGGCGUGAUGCCUAAUGGUGAUAGUGUCGCCGUCAAAAGACUCGCUGCAAUGUCCCGUGGCUCUUCCCACGAUCACGGUUUCAACGCAGAGAUUCAGACGUUGGGAAGGAUAAGGCACAGACACAUCGUGAGGCUACUCGGUUUUUGCUCAAACCACGAGACGAAUCUACUUGUAUAUGAGUACAUGCCUAAUGGUAGUCUCGGUGAGGUGCUUCACGGUAAGAAAGGAGGGCACUUGCACUGGGACACACAAUAUGCGUAUACGUUGAAGGUUGAUGAGAAGAGUGAUGUGUAUAGUUUCGGUGUGGUUCUAUUGGAACUCGUCACCGGAAGAAAACCAGUCGGUGAGUUUGGAGACGGCGUCGAUAUCGUGCAAUGGGUUCGUAAAAUGACUGAUUCGAAUAAGGAGUCUGUUCUUAAAGUGUUGGAUCCGAGACUUUCUUCGAUUCCGAUUCACGAAGUGACGCACGUUUUCUACGUUGCUAUGCUCUGUGUCGAAGAACAAGCCGUUGAGAGACCGACGAUGAGAGAAGUUGUUCAGAUUCUCACAGAGAUCCCGAAGAUGCCACCGUCGAAAGAUCAGCAGGCGACGGAAUUGACCGGAGUAGAGAAGUUAACACCGGAUAAUGAGCUCUCGCCGAAGUCCGGCGGCCAAGGUCCACCGGAUCUUCUCAAUCUCUGA